ACUACAACAGUCACAAUGCGCCUGCUCAGUCAACACUUGGUACGCAGCUAUAUCUGCCCCUCAUGUCGGGCUAGUAUACAGAAAAGCACUCGACGAGUCUUUUCAACCACCCCAAUUGCUCGAGCAUCGCCCGACAUUUACGACGUCGUCUGCGUUGGCGGGGGUCCUGCUGGUCUCGCUCUUGCCGCGGCUCUUCUAUCUUCGCCGGUUACGUCCAACCUCAGAAUCGCCUUAAUCGAGAGUCAAGACCUAAACAAAUCGCGUAUCUGGAAUCUGCCUCCCGGCGAAUUCUCCAACCGAUGCAGCAGUCUCACGCCCACCUCAGUUUCCUUCCUACAAAAGAUCGGCGCCUGGAAACAUGUUGACGCUUCACGCGUUCAGCCAUACCAAGAAAUGCAAGUAUGGGACGGACAGACCGGAUCGAAAAUCUCCUUUGACUGGUCGGUGGACACAUCUCCAUUUGAGGAUAUCAGAUCGAUAGCUACGAUGACGGAGAAUGCGAAUCUUGUUCGAGGACUACUUUUGCGAAUUCAGGAGUUAGAAGAUGGCAAUAGCAAUGGCAAUGGCUCACUUUCGGUAUUCUCGAAUACGAUGGUGUCCUCUAUUGAGAAUGGGUCUAAAAGUACAGACGGUCCUAAUCUAUCAGCCUGGCCUAUCGUAUCCCUCGCGCCGUCCCCAUCGUCUUCUUCCUCUGUAUCCGGACCUAUCACUGCGCGAUUACUGGUCGGUGCAGACGGCAUCAACAGUCCCGUUCGCUCGUUCGCCGACAUCACAACCAGCGGAUGGGACUACGACCGCCACGGCAUCGUCGCAACGCUCUCCCUCUCCGAGGAUUCCCCCUCCCCUCUCAACAUUCGAACAGCUUACCAACGCUUCCUCCCUUCCUUAGGCGGACCAAUUGCUCUUCUGCCCCUACCAGGAAACAAAGCAACUUUAGUGUGGUCCACCAAAAUCGAAAACGCAGCAUACCUCAAAUCCCUACCGGAAGAAGCAUUCAUAGCCAUGAUCAACGCUGCAUUCCGUCUCUCAAUGACUGAUUUGAAUUACAUGCUUGCUAUCGACCCGAAGGAAACAAAUCAACAUCAAGACGAACUCACCUGGCGACUAAACCACACCCCUCAAUCAACCUACCUCCCUCCGCUAGUCACAUCCAUCCAACGAGGAACCACAGCCUCGUUUCCCCUCCGUUUCCGUCACGCAUCAUCCUACAUCUCCCCUCGAGUCGCUCUAAUCGGUGACGCAGCACACGUCAUCCACCCGUUAGCAGGCCAAGGUCUAAAUCUUGGUAUAGGAGACGUGGCAUCUCUCAGCAACACAAUCGAAUACGCCGUCAACCACGGUAUGGAUAUAGGUGACCACCUCGCUCUAGAACCGUACAUGACAGCGCGGUAUGCUGCGAAUACGAAGAUUGGUGGGAUGUGCGAUUUGUUGCACAAAGUGUAUAAUGUCCCUGGUAAUGGGCCGGUGGCAGUUGCGAGAAGUUUAGGAUUGAAUCUUGUUGAUCGCGUGCCGUGGUUGAAGGGAUUUGUUAUGAAGCAGGCGGAUUAA